UGUAAGCAAUGGCGGCGCCCUGCGAACAAGUGUCACGUUGGAGUGCGCCCAGUGGAAAUGUGUUUGGGGUGUAUAUAUAGAAAUACAGGUUUGCAGCAUCAUGGAAAUUUCAAUUAUCUAGUACUGACAUACAUUUUUGAUGCUUUGAUACUUCCAAAAUGAAUUGCCAGAUGAGAAAUGUUUUGAAAAAUUGCAUCAGUCGCCCAUAUGUCCGUUCCUGGGACCGGGCUAUGGUAUACACACAAGUCACUAGAACGAGAUGUGGGCAGUGUAGUCUGUUUGCAUCUCUACCUUCAAAGGUUAGAGGCUUCCAUACAGCGAUUUCACAGAGACUGCAGCAUAAUUUCAGUGUGCGUGUGCAAACGACUCGAAUACCUACCCAGCAACCCACCCGAACCAUACACCGUGCUGUUAUUUCCAACUCAAGUACACGAUUUAUGCAGUGUAGGGAUCUACUAAGUAAGCAUGGAAUAAAUAAAUGCCAGGCUAAUCGUGUAAGAGUUUAUUGUUCCAAGGCUGGAAAUGUAAAGAAAGGAAUAAAGAUCCCACCGACAUCUGAGUUCAGAAGACUUCUCUCUCUUGCCACACCUGAGAGAUGGAGACUAGCAGCUUCCCUUGGUUUACUAGUGGUGUCCAGUGCAGUAACGAUGUCAGUACCAUUCUGUAUAGGGAAGGUGAUUGACAUUAUCUACACAGAGUUGGUCAAUCAGGGUGACAAGAUGAAGGAGAGGCUACAACAAAUAUGCAGCAUUCUUGUUGUCAUUUUUAUUAUAGGGGGCCUUGCCAACUUUGGUAGAGUCUAUCUAAUGAACUUAACAGGUAACAACAUUGUUCGGCGCCUGCGAUCACAACUAUUUUCUUCCAUCAUGAGACAGGAAAUUGGCUUCUUUGACAAAAACAAAACUGGUGAACUCAUCAACAGAUUGUCCACGGACUCAUCUUUAGUGGGGAGCUCAGUUACAACAAAUAUCUCUGAUGGCCUUCGGUCAGUUGCUCAAGCUGUUGGAGGGGUCAGCAUGAUGUGCUACGUUUCACCCAAACUGGCAGGGAUAGCCCUCUGUAUUGUACCACCCAUUGUUCUGAUGUCUCGGUUUUAUGGUCGGUACGUGAAAAAUAUUACCAAACAGGUGCAAGACUCGCUGGCCUCGGCAACACAGGUUGCGGAGGAGAGGAUAAGCAGUAUUAGGACAGUCCGAUCAUUUGCACAGGAAAAGAGAGAAGUUGCAGCUUAUGAUGAGAAAAUUGACCAUAUUCUGAUGCUGUCAUACAAGGAAGCCCUGGCUCGAGGCAUUUUCUGGGGAUCGACAGGGUUCUCUGGUAACAUGAUCAUAUUGUCUGUGUUCUACUCUGGGGGACUGAUGAUGACUGAGUCACAGAUCUCCGUGGGGGAUCUGUCGGCCUUCCUGUUGUAUGCUGCUUAUGUGGGCGUCUCUAUAGGAGGAAUGACAACUUUCUACUCGGAGAUGAUGCGCGGCCUAGGUGCCAGUUCUCGUCUGUGGUACCUCAUGGACAGGACGCCAACCAUUCCUGUGUCAGGUGGAGUUAUACCUACCUCAGAAGUUGUGGGAAACUUAAGCUUCAACAACAUAACCUUCAGCUACCCAGCAAGGUCAGAUAUGCAGAUAUUCUCCGACCUCAGUCUGUUGGUACCUGCGGGAUCAGUAACAGCAGUUGUAGGCGCUAGUGGGUCUGGCAAGUCUACUCUGGGGACACUUCUACUCAGGUUCUACGACCCUACUAAAGGAAGUGUUGUGUUAGACCAGGAGAACAUCCGCGACCUUGACCCCAUGUGGCUGAGGACACAGAUAGGAAGUGUGAGCCAAGAACCUGUCCUCUUCUCUUGCUCUGUGGCAGAAAAUAUUGCCUAUGGAGCUCAAGAUCCAACCAAGGUCACUGCUGAAGAAGUUGAGGAGGCAGCUAAGAAAGCUAAUGCCUAUCACUUCAUACAGACAUUCCCAGAAGGAUUCAACACCAUGGUCGGGGAGAGAGGUCUUAUGUUGUCAGGUGGGCAGAGACAGCGGGUAGCCAUAGCCAGAGCUAUCCUUAAGGAUCCCAAGAUUCUCCUUCUAGAUGAAGCUACCAGUGCCCUAGAUGCGGAGAGUGAGUACCUGGUACAAGAGGCACUAGAGCGGGUUAUGGUUGGGCGAACCGUCAUCACCAUAGCUCAUCGUCUGUCAACAAUUAUGAAAGCCGACCAGAUUGCCGUCCUGGACAAGGGAGCUAUCGCUGAAGUGGGAAGCUACCGACAGCUGAUGGGUCUCAACAAUGGCAUGUUUAGGAAACUGGUGGAACGCCAAACCAUAACAUCAUGACGGGGAACUAGUGAAACGUUAAACCAUAACAUUGAGACAGGAAACUGAUGGAACCCUCAACCGUAACAUCAUGACAAUGUCAAAGGAAACUGAUGGAGUUGCAUAACCAUAAUAGAUUGUCAGGAAAUCAGUGAAAAUAGCUAGUACUUACAAUAAGAUGAUAUGAACUGUCCAGUCUUCAGUAAAUGUGAUGUGAUAUCGUUUUAUGAAUUUAUGUAUCAAGAAAAAUGUGCAGUGGCUCUGUAAGAGGGGAAAAUAACAUUCACAUUUUACAUGUACUACAAUGGUACAUCUUGUCAUUGCAACAGAAACUGUAAACUUACAUCUAGCAUUUGCCAAUGUCAAACCCCAUUUUAUUUAUUUACUGGCUUGCUGCUAGUAUUCUUAUUAAGCGUCAUUCCUCAUACAGUAAAAACAGGAUAUGUGCUACCUUACAAAUACAGGCUUUCUCCAUUUGUUUAUAAAUCAGAACCGCUUUAUAGAUAUCAUACAGGCUUUCUCCCUUCGUUUAUAAAUCGGAACCGCUUUAUAGAUAUCAUACAGGCUUUCUCCCUUUGUUUGUAACUCAGAACCGCUUUAUAGAUAUCAUACAGGCUUUCUCCCUUUGUUUGUAACUCAGAACCGCUUUAUAGAUAUUAAUGCAUUCAGUCUUGUUUACCUUUCAAAUGUGCAGCCAAAUACUCCAAAGUCGAAAUUAUUAUUCAUCAGAGAUAUUUUAGAUAAUAUAAUAUUGUGGAACACUUGGAGGAAUAUGCAUGUCUGUGAGUUAGGUAGCAUUAUCCUUACACUGGACUUGGUGACUCUUAUAACUUGGUCAUUCUAGCAAAAUGUUAAGGAUCCCCAUACCUUUACCAUCAAAAUAUAAACUAUUUGUUGGUGAAAAAAAGUCUAGCAUGACUAUACAGCAGUUUUGAUGAAACAUUUCUGCUAAGAAAACCAGUCCUUGCAGAUGUUUAUGCCAAAAUGAAUAGAGACGAAAUAAACCAUAAAGAAUCCCCAGCAAUGUUUCGAGUGUUCAGGUCUGAAGGUCGGACCAGAAUUCAAAGCCUGUAAUCCAAUCAUUAUACUGUCAUUCUAACCAACUAAACAUGGUGAAUGCAUGGACAAUUGCUGGUGAAUUCUUCUAGUGUUUUGCCUGCAGUGGAUUAGGGAUUCCAACUCAUUCACCCCUGAAGACACAUUUGGACUCUUCUAGUUCAAAUGUUGGAAAAGGUAAUUAUGAAAUUUUAGGGGUGAAUGAUUUAACUAUUAUUAGCUCACCUGGCACAAAGUGCCAAGUGAGCUUAUG